CUCUCCAAUCCCUGAGCAAAACUCCAGCUUCGAUUAAGCCUCUUGGGACUAGACGUCAUGUCAAAACCCGAUGCAGGCGAGAGGAUUCUCAGUAAGCUGGGCUACAGACUGGGUGAGAUCUUAGGGGAGGGCAGCUUCUCCAAAGUGAAAGCAGCCACCUCCAACAAAUACAAGGGCCCCUUGGCCAUCAAGGUGAUGGACCAAAGACGAAUGUCCUCAGGCAUGGUGUACAAGUUCCUGCCACGAGAGAUAUCCAUCAUGCGCAAAAUCCGGCACCCUAAUAUUGUGCACAUCUUCGACAUUAUCGAGAUCUGCAAUAAGACGCUUUACAUUGUGAUGGAGGCGGCAGACACCGACCUGCUGCAGGUGGUGUGUGAGAUGGGGUGGCUGCCCUGCGUCCCUGAGGCCCGGGACAUCUUCGUGCAGAUUGCCAGGGCUGUGCAACACCUGCACGAGCACAAUGUGGUGCACCGUGAUCUGAAAUGUGAAAAUGUGCUGCUCACCGCUGAUGGCCGCCGGGCCAAGGUCAGCGAUUUUGGAUUUUGCAAGGAGACCCACGGCUCGUCGGACCUGAGCCACACCUUCUGUGGGUCAGCAGCCUAUGCUGCCCCAGAGGUGCUGAUGAAUAUCCCCUAUGACCCCAAGAAAUCAGACAUUUGGAGCCUGGGGGUAAUCCUUUAUAUGAUGGUGACUGGCAGCCUGCCCUUUGGCAACACCAACCCCCAUAGCAUUGUCCAGCAGCAGAAGAAGGGGCUGGUGUUCUCAGAGGGGCUGCCCCCUCUGCCGGGACCUUGCAAAGCUCUCAUUACCCAGCUGCUCCAGUUCAGGCCAGCCAGCCGGCCCAGCGUCAGGCAAGUGGCCAACAACAGCUGGCUGACAGGGCACCUGCGAAUAAGGAAGCCCUCUGGAGAGACCCUAGAAGAGCACUGA